AUGUCAAGGCUCGGGUCGGAGACGCAGACCAGACACCUCCAAUCGGCAGUUCGAAAAUUCUCUAUGCGCGAGACGGUUUGGAUGCACCCAAUUUGCCUGGUAUUCAAGCUCGAGCUUUUUGGGCAGGACCGGAUGUGGAAGUUUGACGACAAGGCGUUGCUCGAGUUUGGUGAGCGAAUUCUUGAAGAUCUGCGUCAGGGGAAGCACCGCCAUGCAGACAUCCAGACACCAUGGGGCGACACGUACAACAGCAUACCCAGUGAGGUGUCAAUGAAACGAAUGCAAGGAUUCAUCAUGGCUCUUCGGACUUCAUGGGAGUUUUGGUCCCAAACUGGGCGCCAGGUCGAGCAAUGGUCGCAGCAACUAGAUGACGAAACCCGAGGUUACCUUCGAGCUUUUUUGUCUGGUACAGUCGAAUUCGACUCUGAUACAAUUUCAAAACUGCGAACAUAUAUGGAGUUCCUCCAUGGGUUGUUUACAUCCUCUCGGGCUGCCCUGUUACUCUGUAUGGCGCGGGUCGAAUUCCUCCUCAAUGUCGCCCCCUGGGGAGACAUAGCACCACAAGACUAUGACACCCUACGACUGAGGGCAUUCCAGGCACUGACCAAUAUCUGUUUGGCUUGGCACACGCUGAUGCGGUCAUCAUGGACAGUGGCAUGCUGGGCCAGGUCGGCAUGUGACGCACUCCAGGAACACAAAUGCCUUCAUGGCAGCGCUCCAGACGAUGGCCAUCGAUACAACUACCCCGCGGAUAUGAUCGAUGCCGGCGAGCAAGCCCAUUUUGCAGACACGCAAUACAGCAAUGUCGAGUCCUUCCGAAAACUGCGCGAAGAUGAAGUCCGGGUGUUUUUCCUAGACUGUCCCGCUGGACGGGAGCUUUUCGACGAUUGUUAUUCCAUCGACUAUUGGGUCCGGACACACGCUCAGAUGGCUAAAACCAUGAGUAACUUCAGAUCAGUCAAUGAGGAAAGGCCCUUCACAUCUCCAUCGUCCAAGACGAGGCCGCAGCGCAGAUGUCCGAAAAUGAUGCCCGGUCGUGUGCAGUUCAGCUCUGGGCAUCUCUGA